AUGUCGCCGUUACAUCCACCUAGGGAUGCCUUCCAGGGCAGCGUAUACAGCCCCCUCUCACCCACCUCACGCACGCCCUAUCAGGCCCGUCCCGAAUUAUACAGCGCCUACUCCAUCGUCGACACUGCCAAGGACAAGGCAAAGCAAUUGAGCGCCGAGGCCACCGCCGAAUUCGAAAAGGCGAGCUCAAAGGCGAAGCCGAACGGGGGAAAGAUUGAGCUAUACUCGGGCAAGUACUAUGCCGCCUGCACCUUUGGUGGACUGCUCGCCUGUGGCCUCACUCAUACUGCCGUCACUCCCCUUGAUUUCGUCAAGACCCGUCGCCAGGUCGACUCCAAGCUCUACACGAGCAACUUCCAGGCCUGGGGCAAGAUCUACCGCGCCGAGGGCAUCCGCGGCAUCUUCACCGGCUGGAGUCCCACCCUCUUUGGAUACUCGGCCCAGGGAGCUUUCAAGUACGGCUGGUAUGAAUACUUCAAGAAGACAUACUCGGACAUGGCCGGCCCCGAGGCCGCUCACAAGUACAAGACGGGUUUGUACCUCGCCGCCUCCGCCUCCGCCGAGUUCCUUGCCGACAUCGCCCUCUGCCCCUUUGAGGCUGUCAAGGUCCGUAUGCAGGGCACCAUUCCCAACCCCUACACCGGUACCUUCAAUGGCAUCAGCUCCGUCACGGCCAAGGAGGGCGUCGCUGGUCUGUACAAGGGUCUGUAUCCUCUGUGGGGUCGCCAAAUCCCCUAUACCAUGAUGAAGUUUGCCUCGUUCGAGACCAUCGUCGAGAUGAUCUAUGAUCGCCUGCCUGGUCAGAAGAAGGACUAUGGCAAGGCUGCUCAGACCGGCGUGUCCUUCACCGCUGGCUACCUGGCUGGUAUCCUGUGCGCCAUCGUAUCUCACCCUUCCGAUGUCAUGGUCAGCAAGCUCAACGCCAACCGCGCACCAGGAGAGGCCUUUGGCGGUGCCGUGAGCAGGAUAUACAAGGACAUUGGCUUCAGCGGCCUCUGGAACGGCCUGCCUGUGCGAAUCGUCAUGAUCGGUACCCUUACUGGACUCCAGUGGAUGAUCUAUGACUACUUCAAGAUCUUCAUGGGUUUCCCGACCACCGGCGGCGCUCCGCCACCUGCCAAGAAGACGGAAUAG